GCAGCCUCGCGCUCGCCUCGGGCCGCUUCCGGCCGCGCAGGCGUCGUGGGCCGCGAGCCGGAUUUGGUGGUCGCCGGAUCUGGUGGUCGACAGAAGGAAGAUCCUAUCUGCGGUGUGGAGAAUGGAUUGGAACAAAGAAAGGCCUUGCAGGGGUCAGCUGUAGAAGCCCAGUACUUCCAUAGGCCAGAAGACACCGCCACAUCUCCUGGGAUGGAAUGACAGAGGCUGUGAGCUGCCAUGUGGGUCCCGGCGCAACACUGAGGGACCCAGACACAUGGAUGGGGACCCGGCUGGGAGAAGGAAGAGACCCCUGAAGGAACUGACAUGGGACAGCCACAUGGAAACAGGAAAGGUCUCCCCCACAGAGAAGUCCCCCGGGGCCUUGGGCUCCUGCUCGCCUUGGCCCUUAUGAACGUGCUCCUUUACCUCUGCCUCGACCAGUUUUUCGUUUCCCCUCGAUCUGCGGAGGACCCCAGGCGCUGUCCUCAUGGUUCCUUCAGAAUGGGACGGAUGAGAAACUGCUCACGCUGGUUGUCCUGUGAGCAGCUGAGGACGGAAGUGAGGCAGCUGAGGCGCGUGGGGGAAGGAGCCGUGAAGAGAGUCUUUCUGUCGGAGUGGAAGGAACACAAAGUUGCCCUCUCGCGGCUCACCAGGCCGGAGAUGAAGGAUGACUUCCUCCACGGACUGCAGAUGCUGAAGUCUCUGCAGAGUGAGCACGUGGUCACGCUGGUGGGCUACUGCGAGGAAGAUGGCACUGUUCUUACCGAAUAUCACCCCUUAGGUUCCUUGAGCAACCUGGAAGAAACACUAAACCUUUCAAAGUACCAGGAUGUGAACACCUGGCAGCACAGGCUGCAGCUGGCCGUGGAGUACGUGGGCAUCAUUAACUACCUGCACCACAGCCCCCUGGGCACAAGGGUCAUGUGUGACUCUAACGACCUGCCCAAAACAUUGUCCCAGUACCUUCUCACAAGUAACUUCAGCAUCGUGGCAAACGACCUGGAUGCCCUGCCCCUGGUGGACCACGGCUCUGGGGCACUUGUGAAGUGUGGCCACAGGGAGCUCCAUGGGGAUUUUGUGGCACCGGAGCAGCUGUGGCCUUACGGAGAAGACACACCCUUCCAAGAUGAUCUCAUGCCCUCCUAUGAUGAGAAGAUUGACGUCUGGAAGAUUCCGGAUGUCUCCAGUUUCCUUUUGGGGCAUGUGGAAGGGAGUGAUAUGGUUCGAUUUCAUUUAUUUGAUAUCCAUAAGGCAUGUAAGAGCCAGAUCCCCGCAGAAAGACCCACAGCUCAGGAUGUUCUGGACACUUACCGGAAGGUUUUACAUUCACUCAGAGACGCUGUGAAUUCUCAGACAAAAGAGAUGCUGUAAAGACAGGCCACUGAGUGACGGACUUGACGGCUGAGCGGCAUCCCAACUGUUCUACUCUUGAUGGAAGCGCCUUCAUGAACUUCAUGUCUUGUUGACUUUGGUUGUUCAGCCAUGCAGACUCUCCUCUAGGUCUGCAUGCACAGUUGAGUGUACUCUGGUCUCCUGGCAACCUGGAUAGAGGUUGCCAAGCGGGAAAACCUUGCUUCAGUGUGCUUCCUGGUGACGAUGCAGAGAAUCUGUGGCUCUAACAGUGUUUGAAGGGAGUGAUGGUACAGUAAUCAUGAAGACACCUUGCCUACCCUGGUAACUGUAUUUAUAGACUGGUAGGAAGUGGAAAUCUUUAAGUGACCACAUAUGAAAAAACA